UCUUUCCUUUUUAUAGGUUGCCAACACUGUUACGGUGGUACAAAGUGGCCAUUGGCAUUUGUUUUCUAUUUUUAAUCUGAAGUCAAAAAAUAAAUAGUGCUUCAAGUAGAGAGUGAAUAAUUAUUGACCAACUUUAACAAGUGAUCUAACAGAAUAUAAUAAAUUAAAAUGAUCGACCAAGAAUUUGCUGAAGUGAACAAAUUGGACAGUUUUCUUUGGUUUUUAUUGAACAUUGAAUGGAAGGACCCGUGGAUCAUAGCCCUGUUCACCUUCCAUAUUUCCAUUUUCAUGAUGGCUAUUUUGACGAGAAAUUAUGGAAAUUUCCAAGCUCUCUUAUUCUUCUGCCUACUGUUAUUAGUCUAUUUCUCAGAGAGUAUAAACAAGCUGGCUUCGACAAAUUGGAACAUAUUUUCCAGACAACAGCUUUUCGAUAGCAAUGGACUGUUUAUAUCAGUGGUUUUUUCCAUGCCGAUACUGUUGAAUUGCAUUCUGAUGGUGGGUAGUUGGAUGUAUCAAUCAACACAGCUAAUGAAAAACCUGAAGUUGGCUCAACUCAGGGAACAGAGGAGGAAAGAGAAGGAAAUUAAACUACAGAACAAAGCGAAGGAAGAAUAAUAGAUGUCGACAUUCUGCUCUAUUAAUAUUUGCUUAAGACGUUCUACUAAGAUUUCCACUCGUAUCAUCACAAAGUAAAGGCAUAAAUAAUGAUAGUUACCAUUCGUUUUAAGUCGCAACGCUAGCAAACCCCAGAAUUUCAGCAGAUCCUCGUUAGGUACAUGAGAUAGUAGAUCGGAUCCACUCCACAGUCAUUAUUACGCCUUUAGAAACUGUUGCUUUUCAUAAUGAAGAUUGAGAUCAUUCUGAAUCAGGAAGUUUUCUUAUAGCGACGAAAAAAAUCGGUGAUAGUGUACAGCCUUGCUGAGUACCAAUGUUUACGCUUUUUCCGAGAUUCCUGUCUGAAAUCAUACUAAACGAUUUUCAAGUACUUACAGUUAGUAGUUCGCAGAAUUAACGAAUCAAGCUGGGUAAAUGUAGCUUGUUUUAAUACGUUUUGAAGAAGUCGGAUACACAUUUAGGAUUUUUGCUGGCUAAAGCUCUUUGGAAUAAUGUUCCUUAUGAAAAUGUUUCAUACAAGUUUUUCAGUGUUCUUUGUAAAAUAGUUUAUGUGAAGUGUAUGUAUGAGCAUAUAAAGUUGGACCAUGGAUAAUGUUCAUUGAGCUUUCAGCCGCUUUGAAAUGUAGAGCAAGGAUAUUUUUAUCAAAGUGAUGAGCCUUAACAUUUUUAAGGGUUAUUUUUUGUUGGAAAUGAGUUUAAACAAAAAUAAUGUUGAAUUGGUGUGGAUUCAUGUCUAGCAGUUUCCGUAUUAAAUGUUUGUACUUUGCAUUUUUUUCAUACACAAAAAAUUAUUAUUUUUUGCCAUAAUCAGUAAUCUCGACUAAACUGUUAAUUCCGACUAGUCAAUUGAAAAGAGGAAAAAUGAAUUUUGUAUAUUUUUACUGGAUGUUGAACUUAGGACCUAAGAUUAUUUUUUAUUAUCACAUAAGACUGAAUGAUUACUGGAAAAUUUGUGUAUUGUAUAUGUUGAAAUAAAUGCUUUUACAGUU